GCUCUUGCACCAGUAGCGGCCUGCUGGUGUGCUCUUGGGAAGAGAGGGGCGAUUCACGCACCUCCUUAUGACCGGCUGAUUGGUCGAGCGCUGAAUCUGGGCAGGACAGGAAACGGGACGCGAGGAACGCUCAGCAAUCUCCGUUCUCCGGGAGAGAGAAUGGGAGAGGAAACCGAAAUGUGUCAGUAGGAGACUAGAAGGAUUGAAUCGGGUGAAUUAAUAAUUUGCCCUUUUUGGUACAUAUUCGGCGCUAUUAACCACCAGGGACGUGGGAUAUUUAUCUUAAGUACUCUUGUACAUAAUUGUCGGCUGUUUUCAUUACAUAGAAGAAUUGCAAAGCUCUUAUCCGCUGGCCAAUAAGUUAACCUAUUGGGCACUUUGAACAGACUGAAAGAGGGCAACACUGUACCAAAGCAGAUAUGGAGCAGGUAUCAGAUGAUGAGCUGGAUCAUGCUGCUGAAGAAGACAGUGAUAAGGAGGAUCAGGAUCUGGACAAGAUGUUUGGUGCCUGGUUGGGAGAACUAGACAAACUCACACAGAGUUUGGAUGAUGGGCGUCCUGAAAAAGUACAGAAAGCUCCUCUCAGACAAGAAACAAACCUUGCCAAUUUCUCCUACCGUUUCUCUAUGUACAACAUCAAUGAAGCCAUUAACCAGGGUGAGACGGUGGACCUGGAUGCUCUCAUGGCUGACCUGUGUUCAAUAGAACAAGAGCUCAGCAAACCCAUAAGCAAGGCCUCAGACGGCAAAUCCAGACAGAGGCCGACGGGCCGCUCAGCCAGCACCAAACACACCGGAGGGGGCAGCAGCGGAGGAAGCACCAGCAGCAGCACCCGAGCUUCUCCCGCCUCCACCGUACGUGGUGGCAGCAGCCAGUCACGGCCCCUGGCCUCCAACUUUUCCCUGGAUGACAUCACCGCUCAGCUAGAAAAGGCGUCCCUGAGCAUGGAUGAGGCAGCAAAACAGACUUCUGAAUCUUCCUCAUCAUCCUCCUCCUCACAUUCAUCUGCUACUCUCCCACACCCGCCUUCUAACUCACAUCAUCGCCGUACAGGAUCGGUUGGUACGGUCAGCGACCAGGAAGUGCGCUCGAUCGGUCAUUCAUCCAGGUCAAGCGUCAACUCUGCCUCGGCGUCCAGCAUGGACUCUUUGGAUAUUCGAGGGCAGGAGAAUGAGGCACAGUCACAGAAUCAGAACCAAAGCCAGACUAGCACAGAGCAUGUCUCACUGCGAAGGGCCAAUGGUAAAGCUACCAGACGGCAACUUGACUUCACCUCACAGGAGGGGGAGGUGGAUCAAAGGACUCACUCGUAUCUGGACAGGGAGACCUCUCUGAUUCUGAAAAACAUUGCAGGAAAACCCUCUCACCUGCUGACCAAGGAGGAGCAGGCUGCCAAAGCGAAGGCUGAGAAAAUCCGUGUGGCACUAGAGAAAAUUAAAGAAGCCCAGGUGAAAAAGUUGGUGAUACGUGUACACAUGUCAGAUGAGAGCUCAAAGACCAUGAUGGUGGACGAGAGGCAGACAGUCAGGCAGGUGCUGGAUAGUCUGCUGGAUAAAUCUCACUGUGGUUACAGUCCAGACUGGGCCCUGGUCGAGACCAUACCUGAGCUACAGAUGGAGAGAAUAUUUGAAGACCAUGAGAACCUUGUGGAGAACUUGCUCAACUGGACAAGAGACAGUCAGAACAAACUCAUGUUUAUUGAGCGGAUUGAAAAGUAUGCACUAUUCAAAAACCCACAGAACUAUUUACUUGGGAGGAAGGAGACCUCUGAGAUGGCAGACAGAAACAAGGAGGCACUGCUGGAGGAAUGUUUUUGUGGAAGCUCAGUGUCUGUUCCUGAAAUUGAAGGAGUACUGUGGUUGAAAGAGGAUGGUAAAAAGUCUUGGAAGAAGCGCUACUUUCUGCUGAGGGCAUCUGGCAUCUAUUUUGUGCCGAAGGGCAAAGCUAAGGCUUCCAGGGAUUUGGUGUGCUUCCUGCAGUUGGACCAUGUUAAUGUUUAUUAUGGUCAGGACUACCGGAGCAAGUACAAGGCCCCCACUGACUACUGCCUGGCCCUCAAGCACCCUCAGAUCCAGAAGAAAUCACAAUAUAUCAAAUACCUGUGCUGUGAUGAUGUUAGAACUCUACACCAAUGGGUCAAUGGAAUUCGUAUUGCUAAGUAUGGGAAGCUAUUGUAUGUGAACUACCAGGAAGCCAUGAAGCGAACUGAGGCUGCCUAUGACUGGUCUUCUCUCUCCAGCACCAGCAUCAAGUCAGGAACAAGCUCAGUCAGUAUACCUGAGUCACAGUCAAACCACUCUAGCCAGACAGACAGUGGUAUGUCUGAUGGCACUUCGUCCUCCCAUGCCCGUUCCCAGAGUGUGGUUAGUUCAAUCUUCUCUGAGGCCUGGAAGAGAGGGACUCAAAUAGAGGAGAGCACAAAGGCAAGACCAGAAUCAAUCCGUUCUACCCAUUCAAGCCAUAGCACCCAUUCUUCUCAUCAUGUGCCUCAACAGCAGCAUCCACACCAACAGCAGCAUCCACACCUACAGCAACAGCCACAUGCACUUUCAAUUCCACAGUCACGUGGAAGUGUCCAUCAGGCUCCGACACAGACACUGACACAGGCACCACCCCAAGCAACUCCAGCCCCGCCACCUCCUCCUCCUCCUCCUCCUCCUCCUCCACCACCUCCCCCACCCCCUCCUAUUUCCAGUAUCCCCCACCAUUCCACUCCUACCAUGUUUGCCAAAUACAGCACUAUCACCCGCCUGCAGAAUGCCUCUCAGGCUACCACAAGUCACCACAAGCCUCAGCCUCAAAUCCAGCAGCAAGUGCCACCAGUCCCACCGGCAUCCAAACCACAAUCAAACAAUAUUCCACCAGGGGCUAACAUCCCACCUCCUCCUCCUCCACCUCCACCUGCCCCAAUGCCUCCGCCGGGAUCAGCCAUGGCUGUUUUGAAGCUCGGUCCUCCAGCCCCGGCAGCAGUUUUACAGUCCUCCCCUCCUCCCCCCUCACCUCCAGCACCAUCUCCUCCUCCCCCCAUAAUGCAUAUGCAGUCACAGCCUCUACCACCUCCUCCUCCCAUAAUGCCCAUGCAGUCACAGCCUCUACCACCUCCUCCUCCCAUAAUGCCCAUGCAGUCACAGCCUCUACCACCUCCUCCUCCCAUAAUGCCCAUGCAGUCACAGCCUCUACCACCUCCUCCUCCCAUAAUGCCCAUGCAGUCACAGCCUCUACCACCUCCUCCUCCCAUAAUGCCCAUGCAGUCACAGCCUCUACCACCUCCUCCUUCCAUAAUGCCCAUGCAGUCGCAGCCUCUACCACCUCCUCCUCUCAUAAUGCCCAUGCAGUCACAGCCAUUACCACCUCCUCCACCCAUAGUGCCAAUCCAAUCACACCCUUUACCACCUCCUCCACCCCCUCUCCAGGCUAAUGGUCUUCCCCCUCCUCCACCCCCCUCUACAGUCCAGGCACCUUUCAAAACCAGUUGUCUCAAGCAGGUUUUUGCCAACAAAUUUCCCAAUGUACCCCAGGAGUUCUUGCCCUCAGCCAAUCAGACCCCUUCUCCUCCACCUCCUCCACCACCACUCCCACCACCUGCACCUACACUCACUCCUCAACAGCAUAUUGCUCCAGCUCCAAAUCCACCACCGCCACCACCACCUCCACCACCAGGCCCAAUACAACAGCCAAUUCAACCAGCAGUUUUACCCAAAACUUUCACUGGUGGAUUUCUACACCAAACAGCACCCAAAACUUCAUGUGGCAUUCUUCCAGUAUCACCAGUAGCUCCAUCACCUCAAGCUCCAACCACCACAUCCCCCCCUCCUCCUCCUCCUCCUCCUCCUCCUCCUCCACCUCCAGCACCAUUGAAGAACCAACCCCCACCAACACUACCCAAGCAGCACAGCAUUUCCAAGACACUGCCCCUCGCCAGCCAAACCUCAACAGUGCCAUCUCUGGUUAAGCAGCUUGCUAGCCAGUUUCCUGUUGCAUCUCCUGCAGUGACCAAUCAAGUGGAGAGUCACAAAGCUCCCCAGUCUCCACCUGCAGUGAAGGCUAAACCGAAAUGGCAGCCUGUAGGUCAAGGCCAGCAGCAACAGCGAUCACCUGAGUUUCCACCACCUCCACCAGAGAGUACCCUUGCUUUUCCUUCACCACCACCUCCACCACCACCACCACCUCCUCCUCCAGGUCCUACCCCCCCUCCUCCCCCUCCUCCUCCUCCUCCAAUGUCAGGCUCGCCUAUCAGAAAGUCCCCCUCUGGCUCAUCUACAGGUGUCAAGAAACCUCCACCGACUCCUCAACGCAACUCCAGCGUGAAGUACAAUGCGUCUGUGGAGUACCAGGAGUCCCGCAGGAACUUGGUGAGCAAGUUUAACCCUAGUUCUGCUUCUUCAUCAACAUCAACCUCCAGUAUCUCACCCUCCAAAGAGUUUUCUACAGGCCCACGGGCACCCCCCAAACCAGGGAAGCUCAAUCUGGCAAAUCUGCCUUUGGCUUUGCAGAACAAAAUGAAUCAGAACCGCCAAUCAACUGCAGACUUCCCAUCCCCUCCACCCCCAGAUAAUGAAUUCUUCCCUCCUCCCCCACUGGAGUCUGACCUCCCUCCACCGCCACCCCUUCCAGGUGAUCCAAAUGGUGUCUCUCCGAAAAUAGCCGUGGUCAAUCCUCAGCCCCAGCCUGCUUGGGGCAAGAGUUCCCUGAAGAAGACGCAACCUCCAGCGUCACUUCGCUGUAACAACACUGUUAGAGAGUCUCCACCACUCUCACCACCUUCCAUACAAGGGGGCCCUAUUCCCCCAUCUUCUCCCAAAGGCACCACACAGCCCAACUUCUUGGAGGACCUUAACAAGACACUGAAACGCAAGUCUUCGCGAGUCUUGGGAGACAAAGUGGACCCUGUGGCCACAAUGGAUGACAUGGCUUUGCCACCACCUCCCCCUGAGCUUUUGCAUGACCAACAGAGGCACAGUGGUAGUGGUUUCAUGUCCGGGAAUAUCUCAGGCUAUGCAACGCUACGGAGAGGGCCGCCUCCAGCCCCACCCAAGCGGGACCACAGCACCAAACUAACAAACUAAGACAACUUCACCUUUUCUUGGACACUUUUGCUUGCUAAUUUCAUGUCUGUCCCAUAUAGUUGUAGAGGGGAAGCCAUUAUUUUGUUAAUAUGCUCAGCUUAUUCUGUACAAAACAACUCAAGAAGUUUCAGCUUUACUGUGACUUUGUGACAGUGCAUCAGUUCCAGUUUCAAACAACUGUGAUUUCACUUCAACAGCUUGGUACUGCAUGGAAGACAAAACUGCAUCAAAAAAAAAAAAAAAUUUAAUCGUAUUGAUUUUUGGGAAGACGAAUGUUUUGAACUUUGAGGUUGGGUGGGAUUUUUAAUUUUGAUUUUAUAUUGUUUUUAUAUUAUUGAUUAUUUAAUAAUCUGAAGAGAUUUCGUUAUUUUAGACUGAAGUUUUUUUUAAAAAAGAUAAUUGGACUGUUAUUGAUGUUUGAGGAAUUUUAGAUGGGUAGGUCGACAUAGACUGUGUGUUUGGUUGGUAUAUUAGUUCGGCACCAUUUAUGUGGCAGAUCCAGUGCUCAGUGGAUGCAUCUAUUCUGAUCACUAUUAUUCUUUGAGCCACUUUUAAGUGUGUUUUAAUUGUAAUUGUCAAAAUUGUAACAUGAAGGAUGAGUUGUUCAGGGAGUUGCCUCAAUGUCUAGUUCUGUGAGACUGUGGAAUGUUUGCUUUUUUUUUUAUUAGACCUGUUUAAAUUGUAGAUAUUCUCAUUUGCUGCAGUAUCUUUGUCUAGGUAAAACAAAUGACUGCCUUGCUGUUCCUUGUUAGUCCUUACUUCCUCUGGUGAACAUUCAAGCUGACUUUUACAAAUUGUUCACCUAUGAAGAGAUGGACUUUUAAGUCAUGUGACUGAAUGACACAAUCAUUAUUCACAUAGAUUUAUCUUAUAUCCUGUAUUAUAACCUGUAUUAUUGGCUCAUGAAUACAGCCAUGCCUUAAAAAGAUUUUAGAACAUGCGUAUCAAAAUAUUAUCACCUUACAAGAAAAGGCCAUUAAAAAGUUACAUAUCCGUUAGUUUUACCUGUCAAAGGAUUCUAGCUGAUUUCCCCAUUCAGGCAUGACAUGCAACUUCAGAAUCUUACAGUAAGCACCAAUCUCUAAUGGCUCUAUAAGAGCUACUUCGCAUAUGUACAGACAAGUAUGCAUAUCUCAUGUCCACAUUUCUUUUUGAAGAAUUUGUUUAUUGAAUGUAUUUACAAUAUCAUGAAACUUUUCAGGUUGUUGAGAAGUGACUAAAUGAAGUUAAUAUUAAAUUAUUAUAGUAUCCGGUCUUGAUCCAUUUAAGGUCUACGAACAUCAUGCUCUGCAUAUCUCUCUGCAAAAUGUGUCAUUUAAAAUGAAAUUAUACAUGUUGAUAUCCA